AUGGUCCUAUGUAUGAACCAGUUCCAUACCAACCCAGCCAUGUCAUGGAUACGUCACAAUGCCCACCAACAUGGUGUUGAUGCUUGCCAUGUCUACGUGAUUAACAGAGCAGACACUAAGAAUAUUAAUAUCAACACUAGUACUGGCUAUACACCCAAUCAAGUCGUAAUGGGAGCAAAGGAAAAUGACAAAAAUUGCGACCAAAGUACGCUGGUGGUCCUUGAUUGUGCUCUUCCACUCGAGAUAAUGGAAGAAUCAACAUCUACUACUAGUACUACCUCUACUACCUCUACUAGUACAACUAAUCAAAGUUCACCAGAACGUAAAGAGAUUGAUGCAAAGGACCAAGAGAUUAUAGACAAUGCUAUGGGUAAAGUCAAGGCUGCAAAGGCAUUGUUGGAUGAUCAAGACUAUCUUUCUGCUUGUGAACUUUUAGGUAGCAGUUUAUCUGCAUUGUCCCCAAUCUAUGGAGAAUUAGCAAUUGAAUUGGCACCAAUUUACAUUAAAUAUGGUAGAGCAUUGUUGUUUUCAUACAAGGUAAAUGAAUCUGAUGUAUUGGGUUCGAAAUUGGAUAACAACAAAGAAGGUGCACAAGAGGGUGAACCUGAUGAAGCAGGUGAAGAUGAAUUAGACAAGAAAGAAGCUGCUAGUAGCAGUGAUGGUGAGGAUACUAGUACUAGUACAAGUAAUGCAACCACUUCAACCACUACAACUACUGGAGAGAAAAAGGAAGAAGGUGACAAGGCAGAGACACUAGAGGUGGCAUGGGACGUAUUAGAGUUGGCUCGUGUCAUUUAUGAAAAAAAUGGAACCAAGGAAUUGGAAUUAUCAGAUGUACACAUGCUUCUCGGAGAUCUCAAUGUCGAAUUGGAAAAUCAUCAAGAUGCUCUCGAAGAAUACAAUAUUGCUCUUCAAUUAAGAAAGAAACAAAAUAAGAAAAAUGAUAGAGAAGUUGCUGAAGUAUAUUAUUAUAUUGGUAUGGUUUAUCAAAUUAAAAAUGAUGCAAAGUUUGCAGAAGAUAGUUAUAAAAAGGCAAUUGAAAUAUUGACAGGUGCAUUGGGUGAUUUACAAUCAGAUCCUACCUCUACAUCUGAUGAUAUUCAAGAUUUAAAGAAUGUCAUUGCUGAUCUUCAAAUGAGAUUGGAUGAAGUUAUACCAUUAGAUACAUCAAUGGAGAAUAUUCCAGCAUUUUUAAAAGAGGAAUUAAUUAAACAUUUGAUUUCAACAUCUGCUCCACCUGCAAACUCAUCCUCCUCUACAGCUACUGUAGAAGCUCCAGCAGUACCUGAAAAUAAUGCACCAGUUAAAAGAUUUGGAAAUUUAGGAAAGGCUGCUAAAAGAGCUGCUGAACAAAAACAACAACAACAACAACAAGAGCAAUCAACCAAUUCAACUAGUUCAACAACUUUAGAUACUUCAACUACACAACAAGAAAAACCAAAAAGAAGAUUACAAGAUUUAAUGGGAGGAGAAGCACCACCCAUUUCAUUUUCUACUUCAUCAUCGAAACCAUCCACUACUACUACAACAAAACCAGUUGAAGAAAUUAUAAAACAAGAAGAAAAAAAGAAAAAGGUUGAAUAA